AUGAAUACCGAAGCAAAUACACCUAAACCUGCUUAAGUUUUGAUGGAGAUACCAACUAUUAUUCUAGAAGUAAAAAAGGCGCAUGAAUAAUACCCGAAUAUAGAAAAGGAAUUCGAAGAAAGGACAAAAAAAUUUAGUAAUUUAACUCAAACGAUGACUGUAAAUUUUGAAUGUAGUUUAUCAAAAGAACCAAUAAAAUAUGCAGUUUACUUAGCAGAAUGUUUUAAGUCCUUCAGACAUUACGAUACUUUAAUAGAUUUAGAGCAAUUUUUGAAAUUAUACUUUUCGAAUGCAACCCAACAGGCAGCCAAAGUAUUACAAUGUCCUAUAUGUAAAUCUUAAACGAAGUUUGAGAAAAUAGAACAAGCCUUCUUUCCUCAUUUGUUGAUUAAUUAGUUAAGAUCAAAAAAAUAGUGUGGGGAAUUUCCAUAACAUAUGAUGUAUAACUUCGUGGAUAAAACAUUCUACCCAUUGCACAAGGGGAAAAUGGGAAGUUUGUAGAAUGCUUAUUUUGAAUAGAUUGCCAAAUUGAUGAAAAAGGAAAUUAUGCCAUAAAGUUAAUUCUAUCAGCUUGUUUAAAAGUGGAAUGCGAAUUUUAACUUUUUGUUUUACAACAAUUGCUCUUUGAGUUCUAUGAAGGUGAUGAUUCCAGUCAGGAGUUAGAAUUGCAAUCACUUCGAAGUCUAUGAUUUGACAGCAUUAUUGCAUCAUUUUGAUAAAAAAGAAAAAUAAUUUAAAUGCAAAAGACCUGAUUGCAAUUCAAUAAUUAAAGAAGAAGAUUUGUGUUUAGAUUAAGAUUUAUUCAACAGUUGUUUAAAGUCCUACAGUUUUAGAUUUUCCUUCAUAUACAACAAAGAAAAACGUUAAUUGGAGGACAUUUUGGAAGAGAAACAAGAUAUUAAUUUAAUAAAGUAUAGAUCAUUUACAAAAUUAUCAGAAUACUUAAAUUAUUAGUCUAAAAUCUAUAAGAUAGUGGAUUAGAUUUACACAAGUCUUAUCAAUCAGGAAAAAACAGAGGAGUUUUACUAGAAACAUUCACUAGACAAGAUUGCGAGUGAAAAAUUGGAAUUUAAGUUUUGUUAAUUUACUGGUUAGAGGAUAGAGCUACCUUGUAGAUGCAUCAGAUGCGAAUAGAUUCAAACGUGCGAUCUAAGGUAUAUGAGUUGUAUUUUGUAUCAAUUUUAAAACCCUGCUGAAGGAAAAAUGGCUGGGAAUAUCAUUGAUCAUUGUCCUCUCUGCAAGAAUCCAUUCACAAAGAAAUAAAAACCUAAAGAUACAGCUCUACAUGAACAAGUCUAUGUAGAUGUAAAGAUGAUGAAUUUCAUUACAAUAACCACUGGAUUUGUAAAUAUCAAUUAAAAGGACUUCAUAAAUUAUUUGAACAAUAAAUUAAUUACAAAGGUUAUUGUAAAAAAUGAUUAAGAAUCAAUCUUGAAAGGCAAAUAAGCUAUAACAACAAUCUAAUUGAAGUGUCCAAUAUCAAAAAAGAAGAUAUUAAGGCCAAUAAGAGGUAAUAAUUGCACUCACGCUUAACCCUUUGAUUAGGGCAUAAUAGAUUUGCAUCAAAAUGGGACAAUCGAUCUAAAUCAAAUAAAAUGUCCAAUUUGUUAGACAAAGUUUGACUAUUUUAUAGAAGACAAUUUUUUGAAGGAUCAAUUAUAAAUAUUUUUCUCAUACAAUUUAGAAGAAUGUGAUGCUGUUCGAUUAAGUAUAAUGAAUGAUAAAAUUUAAAUAAAACCCAGAAAUUAGUGA